AAACUAGCUGAAGGGAUACGUAGCAAGUAGUCGACGUCAUUGUUCAGCUGCACAAUUUUUUGCCAUGUUUGACCGCCCUCUGUGUUAUCUCGCAUUCAGCGGUACGAGUAAUGUUUUGUGUGAAUUACACAAUUUCUAUCUGCCAAAUCUCACUUUCUUUACAUAUCAUCUAUAAAUAUUUCAAUAUGCCUAGCCCAUCAUCAUUAAGUAAAACCAUUACACUCAACAAUGGUCUGCAAAUGCCCCGUAUUCAUCUUGGUGUUUACAUGACUUCUGGUCGCGAAACCGAAACCGCUGUAUCAACAGCUCUCUCAGCAGGAUAUCUCGCAUUUGAUUCUGCCGAAUGGUAUGCGAAUGAAGCACAAGUUGGUUCGGCAAUCAAGAAAUAUUUAAGUGCCAAUAAAGACGUCAAUAGGGAGAAUUUAUGGUUCACGACGAAACUUAAAACGAAUACAAGCUAUGAUGCGACAAGGAAGGCUGUAAAGGAUAGUUUGAAGAGAAGUGGGUUGGAUUAUAUUGAUUUAUAUCUGUUGCACAGUCCAUAUGGUGGCAAACAGCGCAGAUUGGAAUGUUGGAGAGCAGUUGAGGAUGCUAUCGCAGAUGGAGAGGUGAGAGCUGGUGGUGUGAGUAAUUUUGGCAUCAAACAUGUAAGUUUCCUUUCCUGUGGUCCUUCGAAAACUUUGAGCCCGCACCAGCAUAGUCCUUGAUUAAUUUCAAGACUCCUAGAGCCCUCUCAAAUAUUUCUCGCUCAAGGCCCUUCAAUAUCGUUUUCUCAUACUUUCCCGCCCAAUUUAUUCGCAGAAACAAUACUGAUAUUCUGCUCAUAAAUAGUUACAAGAAAUACUUGACUCCAAGCCGAAAAUAAUCCCUGCCGUAAAUCAAAUCGAAGUCCAUCCAUUCAACACUCGAACCAAUAUUACUUCAUUUUGUCAAUCGAAUGGCAUUGUAGUUGAAGCUUAUGCACCUUUAGUUCAAGCUCUGAGAAUGACACAUCCCAAGAUCGUUUCCUUAUCGAAGAAGUAUUCGUGUACCCCCGCACAAUUGCUGGUAAAAUGGUCUUUACAACACGGUUAUGUGCCACUGCCGAAAAGUAUAAAGAAGGAAAGAAUUACUUCUAAUGCUGAUGUUGAUGGAUUUGAAAUUGAGGAUGAGGAUCUGAAGGAAAUGGAUAGCCUUGAUGAAUAUUUGGUGACAGAUUGGGAUCCUACUGAUGCGGAUUAGUUUGGGUGACUAGUAUUGGCUGAAACAAAGUAAAAAUAUAAAUUCUCUUCGUCGCAAAGAGAGCCAGUUGAGACAUUUGUCUCUUUCAUCCUGCUUUAAUUUCUUCUCGGAAGCAUGAUCGCUAAAGCCCCUUCAUCAUUUCCUCGCCCAGUGUACAUUCACCAGAAUGAAGAGUCUCCGCGAUUGUAUGAGAUGAGAUCAAAGAUUAAAACGAUGUUGACCGUCGUGGUUUCAUCUUCGGCGAAUUCCUAUAAUAUUUACAGCGCCUCUCAUAGCCCAAUUCCACCAAUUACCCCUCGUCCGAUACCGGCUGAAUCCUGAAUAAUGAAAGUAUUCAUCACAACUUUGAC